AUGGCUCAGUGGGUUCCUAAAACGGCGUGGAAGGUAUCCAACCUCAACAAGCGCUAUGGGCCUGGAUAUAUUACAUCUGGGUUUUCAAGUGAAAACACGCUUGGUUAUACGCAUAUGGUGCAUGACUCCCACAAACUACGCGAGAAGCUUUCCAGCAGGAAAGGCAUUUUCGUUAUCGAUGUACGUGACCCUGGGGAAAGAAAGCUGAACCCCGUUCCGCGUAGCGUUGCUUUACACCACCACGAUCUGCUCUCAGGGGCAUCGUGUCCCAUUCUUCCACAGCAAAAAAGUGCUGCAGAGCUUUUCGUUUUGGCCAGUAACGAGAGCCGCGGAUUAAAUAGCGCGGCGGCUCUCCGUCGCUGGGGAUAUGACAGUGUUGUUCAGGUCGACUACAAUACCUUGGUUGAGGCUGGUUAUGUUUCUCGGUGUGACUAUGCGACGGCAGGCACGAAGGACAGUGCUGAGCAAGCGGUUUCUGGUGAGGACUAA